UUUACUAUCUCCUUCGACGCGUAACGCCGUUAAAGCAUCCGCUUCUCUUUAAAUCAUUCGUCGUUAUCUCCACCGUCUGUUUUCCUUAUGGCGACGACUAAGAAGCACGAAGAUCAACGUCUAAGAGCCGUUGAUCUAAGCGUCAUCAACGGCGUCAGAAGCGUGGAGACUUCUAAACCCUUUGAAGUGAACAACGCAGUGCCCAAGACGGAGCCGUCGUUAGAGUCUUCCUCCUCCCAGCAGCUACAGGUUCCGUCUGUUUCAAUGUCUUUAGCUCCACCGUCGUCGACGAGACCGCCAUUGAAGAGAGCCUCGACUAAAGACCGUCACACCAAGGUCGAAGGUAGAGGGAGGAGGAUACGGAUGCCCGCCACGUGUGCUGCUAGGAUUUUUCAGCUGACUCGAGAGCUAGGUCACAAGUCCGACGGCGAGACGAUUCGGUGGCUGUUGGAGAACGCCGAGCCGGCUAUUAUCGCCGCCACGGGUACGGGAACGGUUCCCGCCAUAGCUAUGUCGGUUAACGGAACCUUAAAGAUCCCGACGACGACGGCGAACGGUGAUUCCGACGUAGGAGAUAACCCGGCGAAGAAGAGACGUAAGAGGCCUUCCAACAGUGAGUAUAUAGACAUAAACGAAGCCGUCUCGGUUUCGGUUUCUUCCGGUUUAGCUCCCAUUUCCUCCGGUUUAGUUCCCAUUUCCUCCGGUUUAGCUCCAAUUUCCUCCGGUUUAGCUCCUGUUUCCACCGUGGCUCAGCAGACGCUGCCGCAGGGGAUGAUUCCGAUGUGGGCGAUUCCUUCGAACGCGGUGAUUCCGACCGUCGGAGCUUUCUUUCUUGUUCCGCACGUCGCCGGUCCGUCGAACCGGCCUCAGAUGUUAGCUUUUCCGGCUGCUUCGCCUCCGUCUUACGUCGCCGCCGUUCAGCAGGCUUCUUCGAUGGCUAGACCACCUUUUCUUCAAGUUUUACCGAGCAACGGCGUGGUGUCAGCUCCAGACGUUACCGGUUCGACGCCGUCGGUUAUGGCUCCGAGCUCAAGCUCCGGUGUAACAAACGGAGGUUCGUCGUCAACGACUAACAUGCUCAGAGACUUCUCGCUAGAGAUUUACGAGAAACAAGAGCUUCACCAGUUCAUGUCAACCACCACAGCUCGGUCAUCGAACCACUGACGUAUAUUUAAAAACGACGGCGUAAUGGUGAUUACCGGGGAAGGGGGGAGAAAAGGGCACGUGGGCACGUGAGUGAGGAAGUAAAGACACGCACGUGUUAAGUGGGCUUAGAUGGGGUCCACGUCGUUGGUGGGUCAACACGCACCAAAAUCAAAAAGCAGAGAGGAGGGGUGGGGCUCUGGCGAGUGGUAGGAGGAGGAGGGAGUGGGGCCACACAGCUCCCACCUUACGCAUUACUUCCGAGGCGGCCAGGUUGGGGUGUGGUCCCGGUUCGGUAGGGCUACGUGGUCCGUUUCGGUGGGCCUCUUUACUACUUUGUCUUGACUUUUUGGACUUUGUUUUAUCGCUUUUGUAAAUACAAAUAUUGUGCCACAACAAGAUUUUAUUGAAGCCGAAGCCCUGUAAUAAUAUCAAGUCAUGGACCACCCAACAACAAUUGUGAUACUGAUGUUUUCAACUUUUUUUAAUAUGUUAUCAAAUAGACAUUUUAUUGAAUUCUAAUGAUAUUUUUCUAAAUUUGA